GAGACCAAGCUGGAAUUUGUCGCCCUCUGGCCGCAGCCUUCGUUUUUUAAUUUGACUAAAACAUCCUCCGGAGUCCAGACAAUGCACUAAAAAUACAAAUGUAUGUUCCGUUCAAAGUUCUUAAAAAAAAUCCAUUUAUACUUUUAGUUUGGUUGCGGCAGCUUGAAGUGAAAGGCUGCGUGGAUAUUUCAUCAAGACAUUGCAACUUCCCGCACAGAAAAAGUUCAAACAGCUUGAAGAGUUUGUUCGGAGCACAGUCCUGGAUUAAGGAGGACCAGCUGGGAUAGAUCACACGUCACCCUACAGUUCCGUGACAUGGAGAGCAGCAGGAAGAAGGUGACUUUUAGGUGGCUUCGAAGGGCUUCUUCGCCAACCCCAUCUUCUUCUCACUCUUCCCUGCCCUCGGCGGGAAAAAGGAUACCCGAAGAAGCUUUGGCCCUCAGUGACUCGCCAGGAUCGGUGGGCUUCGCUGAGCUCAAUCUGGACACUCCCAAGAGAAAAGCGGAGGAGAUCUGCGAUGGCGUCCCCUCUCACAGCAAAGUGGAGCUGAGGAAGCGCUCCAGGAUGACCUUUGAGUCACUCAAGGACUCUACAGAAAGCCAUGCAUCCUCUCUUCCCUUGGACAUGAAAAAGAAGGCGAAGACAGCGGAGGACGUGAUGAAGGCUAUUUACAAGAGGGCUUUAACUGCAGCCUUGGGAUCAACACACACUCCCACCAAAAGUGCCAUUGUUGACCACCUGUCUUUGACACCCGUGAAUACUGAAGCGUGCAGUCCGACCACGCUUGAAAACAAAUCUGAUGACACUCAGGACAAUCCAGAUCAGCUGUCCCCUUGUCGGCUCGUUAUGGUUUCAGUCGGCCUAAAAGAGGACACAAAGACACCAGCAGGGAUAUCGAGUGCCGCUCUCAAAGAAGAGCCCAACACAACACAGCAAAGCAUCUCUCAUGAUCGGCAAGACAAUGUAUCGGCUGAACCCCAAGCUGAGAACUGGAGCGAUACGUCCCUCCUUUCGCUUGAGGACGUCCCAGAUUAUUUGUCUUGCUGUGUGAGUCCUGCGAACGACUCCUCCAACGGCUGGCAUCACCUCAGUCCGCCAUUAAAUUACCGGUCCGGACCUUCAACUUCCACCCUGAACAUGCCGGACCUAUUCCACACGCCGCAGAGGACUGUGUUUGUCUCUGGCAAGCAGCAAAAAAGCCCGAGUCCUUUAGCUGCCGUAGUGGACAACAAGACUGCACGUGUUGUUGAUUGGGCAGACCCCUUCGCUCUGCCUCGACGCUCAAACAGUAGAGGAAGAAACGCACGGAGGCAAACCUACGCCGGCUCUUCCGUCCAUUCCCCCUCUUUGUCAGUUCUCCAUGGCAGCAACCAUCAGAGAAGACUGUCCCUGAGGGAACCUGAACCCACUCGGACACGCUACCCCUACGGUGCAUAUGGCUUCAUAGACACCCACUGCCACCUUGACAUGCUCUACGCAAAGCUGCGCUUCAGAGGAUCCUUCGGCAGUUUCCAAAAUAAAUACCGCAGCAGCUUUCCCGCCGAGUUUCACGGCUGCAUCGCGGACUUCUGCAACCCUCGGAUCAUGGCGCAGGAUGACCUGUGGGAAGGUUUACUGGCGGAAGACAAGGUCUGGGGGGCGUUUGGGUGCCACCCGCACUUUGCCGAGGAGUACUGCGACGCCCAUGAACGCAGCAUACUGAAAGCCAUGAGGCACCCCAAAGCCGUGGCGUUUGGCGAGAUGGGUUUGGACUAUUCCCACAAAAACAACGCGUGUUACGACGUACAGAAAAAGGUGUUCGGGCUUCAGCUGCAGCGUGCUGUGGCCAUGCAGAAGCCCGUCGUCAUCCACUGUCGCGACGCAGAUGACGACCUGAUGGUCAUCAUGAAGAAGUACGUGCCCAGGGAUUACAAAAUUCACAGGCACUGUUUCACCAACAGCUACCCGGUGAUUGAGCCCUUCUUGGAGGAGUUCCCCAACCUGUAUGUGGGCUUCACAGCCUUGAUCACAUAUCCCAGCGCCUUCCCGGCUCGAGAUGCUGCCUGCAAGGUGCCUCUCAGCCGCAUUGUGCUGGAGACCGACGCUCCAUAUUUCCUGCCGAGGACGGUGAGGAAAGACGUCUGCCAGUUUGCACAUCCAGGAAUGGGCAUCCAUACCCUGCAAGAGCUGAGCCUCCUGAGGGGGGCUGACAUGCCCACAGUCCUCGCCACCAUCCGAAACAACACCACCCAACUUUACGGCAUCUGAGCGUGAGAGUUGAUGGCGUCUAAGCUUCCAAAUAUCUUACGCAGCUCUUAGUUUUACAUUUCUACAUGGGCGGACCUAAGGUUUCACUGUCUAUAAGCUGCUAAUGUUCUUUUGUUUUAGUUGCUUCUAAAUGUUUUAUGUUGCCUUCUUCAUUAUCCAGGCACUGUAUGGGUCAACAGCGUGCCAAACAUUAAAAAAGUUGAAAGUUGAAA